AUGGGACCAUGUCUGUGCAGGGUGAGCAGACGAUGCAUGUCGUCGAGCAGCAGAGCAGCAGCGACAGAGACGCUGCUCAACGUGCCCACUGCCGCGUCAAGCUCGCUCGACUCGUACUCUGCCAUCCGAGCCGGGCCAACCCAGCGCAGUCGAUGGCAGGAAUACUACACCAACACGCUCUCGAGCGACUUGAUGUACAUGACCUACGAGCAGCGUCGAUCGCAACCUAUGCCCGACCCAGUGAGAGCUCAAUGGGAUCCACUCGAUCCUUACACGAAGAAUCGCCCCGCCAGACGGCAAAAGGGCGGUAAGCCGAUUGCGCCGAAGCCGGAGAUGGCCACACCUUCUUCGGUCGUCAAGCUAGAAGCUAUCCAUCUGACGACCCACUUGCCCGAAGCAUCGGGCAACAAGGCAGCCCUCGUGCCUCUGCUGGCAGUCUACCAAGCCAUAACCGGUCAGGUUCUCGCCCGUCCCAACUCGCCCAAGUCUGCCAGCGGGAUCCAUGUGACCAAGAGCAGAUCAGGUUCGGCUUCGUUCAAGAUCAGAGCAGGCAUGCCCGCAGGACUGAGAGUGACGCUCAAGGGGCCAGAUAUGUGGACUUUCCACGAGACCCUCGUCGAGUUUGUCUUGCCUCGUCUCAAAGACUUUGCGGGGAUCGCCUUGCCGCCUGCGACAGCUCAGAAGAACAUCCCCUCUGCGUUGGGCGGCGUCGUCAAUCUGGGUCUGCCGAGAGAAUCGAUGGGGUUGUUCCCUCAGAUCGAGAUCAAUGCCGAUGCCUAUCCCAGGCAGUUCGGCUUUCAGGUCAGCUAUGCCACUUCUGCCAAGGGCAAGGGCGCCCAGGAUCGUGCUCGCGCACUGUUGUCGGGUCUCAAGAUUCCGUUUGUGAGACGGUCAGGUCAACAGUAG